UAAAGUCGUUGCCAUUCGACCUCUGCGGGGCCUGCGCGGACGCAGCGAGAACCCUGAAAUUCAUUAUGCGUUUAAAACCUUUAUUUAUUUCCGCAUAACCUACAUUCUCUCACCGGGAGGGCCAAAGCGGAGAAAAGCGACGACGACGGUCCAUCUCUUCCGGACAACACAUCGCUCAUAAAGACAUUGUUUUUGUCGGAGGGGGAAUACUGUGGAGAAAGUGAAGAUUUUUUAAUAUAUAUUAAGAAAAAUGUCCGGUGAGAGAAACCGCAGGUCGCUUGCUUUCCGAGGAGGUGGAUUAGCUGGGUUAACGGGCUCCAGUGGUAUCGGUGGGGGGAACCGUAACAGCUGGGAGGCCCCGGCCUGUCAAGACCGACAUUUUAACGGGAACAGGCCGGAUCAGGAGGAGGACAGCGAUCUGGGGGCGAAGGGAUCCUCGCAGAAGAGAGAGGAGGGCGCCGGGUCCGUCAGCGACAGCACGGAGCCCGAGGCGGAGGAGGAAGAGGACCCGGAAGAGGGCAGCCUGGCAGCCGGGGACGGCGACGACUGUGUGGGCUCAGGGGAAGGGGAGGACGGGUCCAGGGAGGGGAACAGUCCCGGGGACGCCGACGGACGGGACGCGGCGGCGGCGGUGGCGGUGGCGGUGGCGGAGUCGGGCUCCAGGAGGUCCGGGGUCGAGAUGAGACCGCAGACGCUGCUCCAGAAACACUCGUUAUUUCACGCGUCGUGGCUGCAGGAGUUCCCCUGGCUCUCCUUCUGCCAGGAGACGGGACUCAUGUCCUGCUCUUGGUGUCACAACAUUGCCACUAAACACAGCGACGAGCUGGUCAAAGGAAGCCGCAACUACAAGCGGGCCCUGCUGCUGCGGCAUCACCUGUCCUCCGAGCACGGGAGGAACGACCCCACCAAGCAGGAGACGAUGAGGCCCUCAGACAACGGCAGCCCCUCCACUAACUGCUCAGAGGAAGACUACCGCAACAAGUCCAAUGAGAACUCCUACUGUUACCAGCUUCUCCAGGAGCUGGACAAGCAACGCAAAAGUGGCAUCCUCUGCGACGUCAACAUAGUCGUCUCGGGCCAGGUGUUCCGCGCACACAAGAACAUCCUGGUGGCGGGCAGCCGCUACUUCAAAACCCUCUACUGUCUGACCAAGGGCGAGGCCCAGGACCAGGCCACGGUCACACACCUGGAUGUUGCUGCUGUGCAGGGCUUCUCCGUUAUCCUCGACUUUCUCUACUCUGGGAAUCUGCUGCUCACAAGCCAAAAUGCCAUUGAGGUGAUGUCUGUCGCUAGUUACCUCCAGAUGUCAGAGGUUGUACAUUCAUGUAGGGCUUUUAUAAAGGACGCCCUGAACAUCAGCAUCAAGCAGGAGGCUCCCGAUUCGGUGGUGGUGGACUACAACAAGAGGCAAAUGGUGUCCAAAGACGGACAGAGAGGGCUGGACCGCAAGCCAAGCAACUUCUGGGCCACAAGCAUCCUGUCGAAGCUGUCGAUCAAGGCCAGCAACAAUCAAGGAAAGGAUGCAAUGGACGAAGAAGACGAAGGCGGCAGGAUGAAGGAGGAGAUCAGCGAUAUAGAGGUGACAAUGGUUGGGGCUGAGGGCUGUGCCCUGGUGACCCCUGGAGCCUCUGGUAACUGGAGCCACCACAACGACAACUCGUCUGAUUCAGCGGAGACCAAUGAUACGCGGUCGGCGAGUGGCCAGGUGUUCGUCUGGAACGAGCCAGCCACAGGUGGCGCUGCUGCAGCACCCUCGGCAAUGAAGCGAGAAGCACCAGAUGCCGCGGCAGGAAGUGGACGGCGGAAAAAGCAGACCACCACGCGGCGUUUUGUCUACAACUUUCCACCAGAGCCUGAGGAGGGAUUUGACGAGGGGAUGUUCAUCCAGCCUUCGGCCUCCUACCCCAGAGAGGACUUCUCCUCCCUCUCCGAAAAUGCUGAGCUGGCCAAUCAGAUCCAGUAUAGCAUCAUCCAGGAUUUACAGCAAGGAGAGUCCUGGGAGAAUGGCGAGUCCUCACAUCUAGCCCUCAAUAAGCUCAAGUGCCCCCACUGUAACUACAUUGCCAAGCAUCGGCGCACGCUCAAGAGGCACCUGAUCAUCCACUCGGGCGUGCGCUCCUUCAGCUGCGACAUCUGUGGCAAGCUGUUCACCCGCCGUGAGCACGUAAAGCGACAUUCCCUGGUGCACAAGAAGGACAAAAAGUACAAGUGCAUGGUGUGCAAGAAGAUCUUCAUGCUUGCAGCCAGCGUGGGUAUCCGUCACGGCUCGCGGCGCUACGGUGUGUGUGCGGACUGCGCCGACUCGCACCAGGCUACUCAGGAGGGCCUGGAGGGCAUGGAGUUUCCUCGCGAUGAAGACUUCGACGGCGAGGAAGGGGAGGACCUGGAUGGGGAGGAGCCUACCGACAACGACCAAUCAAAUUGGGGUGAGGGCAACGCUGGUGCUGCCCCGGAAGAGGACUAAACAUUUUAACAAGCUUGAGAAACAAAUAAAAAAUAAGUUGAUGUUUAAUAUAUAUGUAUACAAAAACUAGCUGGUAAACAAUCAACUCCAAAGUGCUAUCAAACCUCGAGGUUACUUAAUUGUGCAAGUAUACGACAAAGAGAUGGAUCUAAAAAAAAAAAGCUUUCGUAGUGGGAACUCCAAGAUGUACAGAUUUUAUUAUUGUUAAAUGUGUCCAACUCUGGGCCCAGAGCCCACGAGAGAACGAUUCUAUCGACGAAUAAUAUGAUAAAU